AUGUGGGUGUGCACGAUCACUAGCGGCCGUUUUGAUACUGUUCUUACUAAGCUCCCAUUUCUUUCCAACUUAAUCAUGCUAGACCUUUUCGCGCUUGACCUUAAAAAUCUGAGCUUAAAUGCCUUGAUUAACAACCUUGGCAGUCUACAGAAGCUGUAUCUUUAUUCCGUCAACAUUUCAGUAAGUCCGAUCAGGUCGGUACAUUCUUCUUCUACCAAUACAACACCAAGUCUGCAAGAGCUAAGCAUAACAUAUUGUGGGUUGACUGGGAACUUCCCUUCAUGGAUAUUUCAUAUCAAAAGCUUGACAGUGCUAGAGGUAUUAGUAUCACAGAAUGAGAAUCUAUGUGGAGAGUUUCCUGAGUUCAUAGAGGGUAGCGCUUUGCAGGAAUUGAGUCUUACUGGAACCAAGCUUUCGGGAAAAAUACCAGAGUCUAUCGGUAACCUCCGAAAUCUGACUGUGUUGGACCUUUCUAAUCGCCAAUUCAAUGGCUCCAUCCCACCCUUUACUCAAUGGCCCAUGAUUGAGUCAAUUGACUUGUCAGAUGGAUACUAUGCUCUACGCAACCUAAAAAUAGUUGAUCUUAGUCACAGCUCGAUAAGUGGAGUGAUCUCUCGCAAAACAAUUUCACUGGAAAUUUUCAACUGUGUCCCAAUAUAUCUUCUAAUUUGA